AUGUCCAUUAUCAGUCCCAGGCAGCGGGAGACGGUCCAGGCCGCCCUCCAGCUGCAAACAGAGACAGAGCUUUGCGCAGGACCUUCGGCCGGCAGCCCCCCGGCAGCCCCCGGAAGGGACUCCUCUCGAGAUGCAGAGCAGCCGGGCCCGAGUGGGAUGCAGACAGGACCCGACUUAAAUUGGAUGGAACCGGGCCAGGCUUUAACCUUCAUUGGCUACCAGGAAACGGGAGGCAAAGGGAACGUUCACACAGGGGCAAAACCUCCAUGGCUAACAGAGGAAGAGGAAGAGGAUGGAAGUAAACAACAGAUUGGACCUUCGUACGAGGAAUUUCUCAAACAAAAGGAGAAGCAGAAGCUGAAAAAACUCCCAGCGGAGCGUGUUGGUGCCAACUUUGACCAUACCUCUCAGACAGGCGACAGCUGGCUCCCUUCCUUCGGGCGCGUUUGGAAUCACGGCAGGAGGUGGCAGUCCAGGCAUCAGUUUAGAACUGAAUCAGGGGAAAAGAAGAAAAAAAGGUGAUCAGAAGAGGAGCACCGAAGAAGCCAAGCUGUGACUGUUGCAGGAGGGUGGACUGCGGGCAGCUGCAGCUUUGCUGGUGCUGCCACGUUUCGUGCUGCUGUUUAAUACAGACACCCAGAUGCGUGGGGUCCCCUGGCAGGCAGGGCGACCACAGCCUCAUACCGAGUUCAACACUGUUACUGAAGGCUGCUCUGCCGGGGGGCGUCACAGCAGGCCCACUCCCCCUGUAAUGGACACGCGGCAUGUAUCUGGACACCGAUUUCUCAAGCCUUAAGCUGCGCAAAGGCAGAUCCUGCCAUAUCUCCAUACUCAGAAAGCCUGCCUUACGCAGCACGUGCUGCCAGCAUCCUAUGCUGACACGUAGCAUGACAUCUAACCCUUAAAGAAAUUUUUGAGAAAUAAACUUUUUUUUUUAAAUUACCUGUGUUGAUAAACCAACAGAACCUUGUUUCACAUGUGGGGCCCGCUGUGGGGCACCUGAUGUUUUCAUUCUCAUGCUACUUUCACUCCUUUGGCCUCACCUAACGGACACCUAGUUAGUCCUCAGUAGAAGAAAAGAGGCCUUAAAGAUCCUUGCUGUGGGCAGUUCUUCCUUUUCAUUUAA